UACUGGUUUGUUUGUUUUCACCACAGUUGAGUUGAACUUCUUCUGCAAAAAGCACAAUGAAUGCUUUUCUCGAACUCGUUUUGUUGCUGCUCACGAUUAUCUAUUCAUACUUAGAGAGUUUGGUUAAACUCUUUAUUCCACUUAAGAGGAAAUCUGUGAAAGGGGAAAUUGUUUUGAUCACAGGAGCUGGUCACGGCAUAGGGAAGAUUACAGCAAAGAAAUUUGCCAAGCUACAAAGUGUGCUAGUGUUGUGGGAUAUUAACAAGAAAGGCGUGGAGGAAACUGCUGCAGAAUGUAGAAACAUUGGAGCAGUGGUUCAUACAUUUGUGGUGGACUGCAGCAAACGUGAGGACAUAUCCACAGCAGCUGACAAGGUUAAACAGCAAGUCGGAGAUGUUACUAUCUUGAUAAACAAUGCUGGGGUAGUUAACUGUGCUGACCUUCUUACACUUGAGGAUCAACAAAUACAAAAAAUAUUUGACGUGAACAUUCUUGCUCACUUUUGGACCACAAGAGCAUUCCUCCCAUCCAUGAUAAGAAAAAAUCACGGACAUAUUGUCACCAUUGCAUCAUCAGCUGGGCAUAUUGGAGUUGCUUUCUUGGUUGACUACUGCUCCACCAAGUUUGCUGCAGUUGGUUAUCACAAGGCUCUGACAGCUGAGUUAUCAGUCCUAGGGAAAACAGGAAUAAAAACCACAUGCCUUUGUCCUGUCUUUGUUGACACUGGCUUUGUAAAAAAUCCAAGCACAAGAAUUGCUCCUACACUGAAAACAGAAGAUGUUGUUAACACGUUAGUCGAUGGAAUUCUGACUAAUAAGAAGAUGAUUUGUAUCCCUCCCUUUGUGUCACUGACAUCUUUUAUUGAGGUAAUCCUACCAGAACGUGCUUUGAAAGCUUUGGGCAAAUUCCAAGAUGUUAAAUUUGAUGCCAAAGUUCACUGCGCCAACAAGGAAAAAUAGUUCCAGAUAAAGAAAAGGAGAGUCUUCCUAGCACCAUAAAUAAUGAACUAAACCAGUUUUAGAAAUUAAUGUUAUGGAAUGGUUAAUUGUUCCAUCUAUUUUGUGAAGAAAGCAAUAAAAUUGUGAAUUAUUUUGUGAAAACCAAAUUUUGAUUUAUUCACAGGGCCCUAUUUAUCAAAUGUCUUGCUGACCUGAUCCGACAGUGCGGAUUAGGUCCGCAAGACAUCGCUGAAUGCAGAGAGCAAUAUGCUCUCCGUAUUCAGCAUUGCACCAGCAGCUCACAAGAGCUGCUGGUGCAACGCCGCCCCCUGCAGACUCGCGGUCAAUGGGCCGCCAGCAGGGGGUGUCAAUCAACCCGAUCAUACUCGAUCGGGUUGAAUUCUGGCGAUUCCUGUCCGCCGGCGGACAGGGUUAUGGAGCAGCAGUCUUUGUGACCGCUGCUCCAUAACUUGUGUUUCUGGCGAAUCUGAAGACUCGCCAGAAACACGGGCCAUCAAGCUCCAUUCAGAGCUUGAUAGAUAGGCCCCACAAUCUUAAUUCUUGUGUCCAGAUUUUUAGACUUAAAGUGAUUGUAAAUCCUAGCGUUUGUGAAACGCUAGGAUUUACAAUUAUCAAAUAAAGGGGACUUUCAUUCAUGAAGUAUAAAAUACUUCAUGCUGUAAGCUCCUUUAUUUGUUACCAGCGUUCACCGCACUGAGCUGUUCAGGCAGCCCAUAGCAGAACACUAUUUGUUCUAAGGUGACGUGUCCACCUCUUAGCAAAUAGCUGUGCGCUCCAACUGGUGCCUAGCCGGAUAGCCUGCACGGCUAUUGGCUAAGAGGUGGAAACAUCACCUCUCAGCAAAAUAGCGUUCUGCCAUGGGCUGCCAGUUCAGUGCGGCGAACGCUUCCAACAAAUAAAGGAGCUUUCAGAAUAAAGUAUUAUAUACUUCUUGAUUGAAAGUCCCCUUUAUUUCUUCCAAUUGUAAAUCCUAUCAUUUCACAAAUGCUAGGAUUUACAAUCACUUUAAAAACAACUUGAUUUUACUUUAAAGCUAUUUGGUUUCAAUGCAUAAUUAAAAAAAUACUUCAAACUGAAAAACAAAAUUCAAUUGAGAAAAUGUUACCAGCAUUGUAGAUCUUUAUUAAAACGCUGAUACUGCAGUGAAACAUAUUUUUUAUAUUUUGUUCCUUGUAAUAAAAUCUGACAUUAUACUUUGUGUACUGUCAGAACUAAUUUUACUGGCA